CAUUAUUAUGUUUCACAGCUUCAUUCUUUGCGAUUUAAAGUUAACAUAGUGUAGUAGCACCCCCAAGCAUCAGCCUUGCACGGUUUUUUAAAGUUUUGUACUGGCAACAUUUAAAAAGAAAAAAGUUACCCCUUCCACUACUCCCACCUGGCGACGGUUGGAACCGCCAUUUUUACUUCAUUAUUCAUUCCCGUGCUCAAGCCUUCGCACGCGUACCUUCCACUUUAAACAUGGGGAAACGGAAGAAUGAAGAGGAUGAGAUUAGGAGAAAAAUUAAGAAGCUAGAAACCAAAUUGCUACGACGGACACGUGGCCGAUCAAGAAUUCUAUAUUCUUCAGAUUCUAGUGAAACAGACGGUAAGUACGACAUGAUAGUCGAUUCUGAAGCACGUCAAGAUCGAUGCUCGUCGCCGCGCGGCCACGUGGCCGCGCCGCCGCCGCCUCGCGCCGCAGCGUCGUCGCCAACACCAGCGCCAGACUCGCCGCAACAACCACCGCCUCAGCCCCCGACGCAACAAGAGCCGCCGCGACCAGCCUCUCCGCGCCCAGGCCCGUCGUCUGCUCCAGAUCUACCAGAAACUCAACCGCAGGUACUUUCGUCUUCCGCGCAGGAUCAAGAACUUGAUGACGACAUCUUGCUAAUGCUAGGCGAUGCUCCAAGACCAGAACUGGCGUUAGGCGACAGCAUACACAAGGACGUGGCCAGUAGAUGGCAUGAAAUCUUACUAAAAGGUUUACAAAAGGAGGUUAAAGAAAAACUUUUUCAAGAGUACCUCGUGCCCAGCAAUUGUGACCUCUUAGUUGCUCCUACUCUUAACGCUGAGGCUAAAGCGGCAUUAACAGUUAGUUCAAUAAAAAGAGAUCAUGCCAUAAUGGAAAAACAGAAGCAAUUAGGAAUUGCUCUGUCUGCUCUCGCGCAGGCCACGGAUUUAUUGCUUAAACCAGAUGCAUCUGCGCAAAAAAUCUUGAAACCAGUCAGCGAUGCUUGUCGUAUCUUGUGCGAUAGCCACUACUUAGAAACAAAAACACGUCGCUACUUCGUAGUUUCAUCAGUUAACACCGAUCUUAAAGAGACUCUUACUAAUACGGUUAGAGACGGUUUCCUUUUUGGAGAUAAUGUAACUGACAAAUUAAAAGCCGCUCAAUCUAUUCAAAAGUCUGGGGAAACAUUAAAACAUACACCAAAACCGUUUAACAAUCGUUUUAAUAAAAAUAAUUUUGUACUUAACAAAAAGUCGCAGAAAAACAAUUUAAACUUCAAACCCCUGCAUCAAAGGACGCAGAGCAAGCCCGAUGCAGGGCACUACCGGCCGCCGCCGCGCUCCAGCCGCCCGAGCGGCGCCCGCGCCCCGCGCCGCUCGAGCUCGCCGCGCCGCCGCAGCCACCGGAGCUACAGGAGAUAGCUGAACACGAGGUACGAUACGCAGGACGAUUACGAAACUAUACCCAUAAAUGGGCACAGAUCACUUCGGAUCCUACGAUCCUUCAAUGGACCCAAGGGUAUAGGAUUCCUUUUACUUCUGUGCCUACCAGAAGAGAUUGUCCUGCUGUUUAUUCCAAGACAAGAUCGGAGCGAUCUGACUAUGAAAAAGCUAUCAAUAAGCUUUUAGAAAUUAAUGCCAUUUCAAUGUGUGAACAUGAUCCCGACGAAUUCAUUUCUAGUAUUUUUCUGGUACCUAAACCAAAUGGCGAAAAAAGGUUCAUUCUAAAUUUAAAAUGCCUCAACAAGUUUAUCAAAACACGCCAUUUUAAAAUGGAAGAUUAUAGAA